UUGUGCUUGUGGAAACAGGGUCAGAAAUGGAGAGUAGUAUCUAUACAAUUCUCACUAUAGACCGUUGGGAAUCACUGAACCACAUGGAAUACAAAUUGGGUUCUCUCAGACCAGUUCAUGGGAGGCUGGCUUUGAAAUUUCUCAACUGGGUCAUCACACAACCUGGUUUGGAGAUUGCUCACAUCACUCAUGUAUAUUGUAUCACAACCCAUAUACUGAUUAGGGCUAGAAUGUAUGACUCUGCCAAGUCUAUUUUGACACAUUUGUUUCAGAUGGGUAUUGAGUCAAACUCUGUUUUUGGGGCUCUCAUGGACACUUACCCUCUUUGCAAUUCCAAUCCUUCGGUUUUUGACUUAUUAAUUAGGGUUUAUUUACGAGAAGGAAUGGUUGAAGAUGCUAUAGGGAUAUUCAAUUUGAUGGGUUUUCGAGGGUUUAGGCCGUCAAUUUAUACUUGUAAUAUGAUCUUGGCGGCAAUUGCCAAGGAGCGGCCUGUAGGGGCUGAAUGGUCAUUUUUUAAGCAAAUGCUUGCGAGGAAAAUUUGUCCCGACACAUGUACAUUUAAUAUACUGUUACAUACUCUAUGUGUUGAUGGAAAGCUUAAGAAAGCGGGCUAUCUUCUUAGGAAGAUGGAAGAAGCUAAUUAUGUUCCGACUUUAGUUACUUACAAUACUUUGCUCUAUUGGUAUUGCAAGAAGGGAAGGUACAAAGCGGCUUCUGAGCUAAUUGAUCACCUGAGUUGUAAGGGUCUCGAACCAGAUGUGUGUACAUAUAACAUGUUUAUAGAUGAUUUGUGUAGAAAUAAUAGAAGUGCUAAAGGUUAUUUGUUAUUGAAAAAGAUGAGGAAGAAGAUGAUUUUCCCGAAUGAAGUCACCUAUAACACUCUUAUUAGUGGGUUUGUCAAAGAGGGGAAGCUUGGAAUUGCUACCAGGGUUUUUGAUGAGAUGUCAACGUUUAACCUUUCACCAAAUCGUGUUACUUAUAAUGCUUUGAUUGAUGGGCAUUGUCAGGGAGGUAAUUUUGGAGAAGCUCUGAGACUUGUGGAUAACAUGGAAGUGGUAGGAUUAACACCUAAUGAAGUUAGUUAUGGGGCUAUUUUGAAUGGGCUAUGCAAGUGUGGCAAGUUAAAUUCAGCAAGAAGGAUUCUUGAGAGAAUGAGAAAGAACGGUAUAGUUAUUGGUCGUGUUGCAUAUACAAUGUUGAUUAAUGGGUUAUGCAUAAAAGGGAGGCUCAAUGAAGGUGUGCAAUUGCUUGAUAAGAUGUUCAAGGAUGGUGUGAGUCCCGAUGUUAUCACAUACUCAGCACUUGUAAAUGGAUUCUGCAGAGUAGGAAAGAUCAAUAAUGCGAAGGAGAUGAUAUGUAAGAUGUGUAAAGCAGGACUCGAACCAAACAGCAUCAUGUACUCUACUAUAAUCUACAACUUUUGCAAGCAAGGAAAUGUUAUUGAAGCAAUGAAAGUUUAUGCAGUUAUGAAUCAGAGUGGCCAUGAUGGGGACCUCUUCACUUGUAACGUGUUGCUUGCUUCUCUUUGUCGAGAUGGAAGAGUAAAAGAGGCAGAGGAUUUCAUGCAUCACAUGAGCAGGAUUGGUCUAGUUCCAAAUUCCAUUAGUUUUGAUUCUGUUAUAAAUGGCUAUGGAAGCAUAGGUGAUGCACUAAAGUCAUUUGCCUUGUUUGAUGAAAUGAUUUACUUGGGUCAUCACCCUAGUCUUUACACAUAUGGGGGUCUCCUAAAAGGACUAUGCAAAGGAGGAAAUUUAGAGGAGGCAAAACAAUUCUUGGAUAAACUUCAAUACAUUCGUCGUGCUGUAGAUGUUAUUUUGUACAACACAUUACUGGCUGAGACAUGUAGAUCUGGCAAUUUGCAAGCAGCGGUAACCCUUUUAGAUGAGAUGGUCCAUAAUAAUGUUUUCCCCAAUAGUUACACAUACACCAGUCUUCUUGCUGGGUUGUGUAGGAAAGGCAAUGUGGUUGCUGCAAUUCUGCUUUUUGAAAAGGCAAUGGAAAGACAAACUUUCUUUCCAACCCAGGUUACGUACACCUGUUUAAUUGAUGGACUUUUCAAGGCCGGCCAGCGAAAGGCUGCGGUUCAUUUCUAUGAAGACAUGGUGGAGAAAGGUCUGUACCCUGAUACAGUUGCUUUUAAUGUGAUUAUGGAUGGUUACUCUAGAAUGGGACAAGUGACUAAGGUGUACAAUUUAAUUUCUCGGAUGAAGUAUGAGAGUCUGUGGCCCAAUUUGGCUACAUAUAACAUCCUCUUACAUGGGUAUUCAAAAAAACAGGAUAUAUCGAAAUGCUUUGCAUUGUACAAGACCAUGAUAAGGAGAGGCUUUGUGCCUGAUAAAUUAACAUGCCAUUCUAUAAUGCUUGGACUUUGUGAAUCAGGUGUGCUGGACAUUGGGCUUAAAUUUUUAAAAAAGAUGAUUGUGGAAGGUACUGUGGCUGAUCUAAUUACAUUUAACAUGCUAGUUACUAAAUUUAGUGAGAGGGGUGAGAUGGGAAGGGCCUCUGAUCUGUUGAAAGCCAUGAAUUUGUUAGGUGUAUUUCCUAAUGAAGAAACUUAUAGUGCCAUACUUAAGGGACUCAAACGAAAACUUGGUUUUCGAGAAUCUUGCACUUUUUUGUAUGAAAUGUGGGGAAAGGGAUUUAUUCCUACCGAUAGACAGUGUAUCACUCUGAUUACUGGUAUGUGUAAAGUGGGGGAUAUACAAGGAGCAUUCAAGCUAAAAGAUGAAAUGGAGGCACUUGGUGUUGGCUCCCGAGAAGUAGCUGAGAGUGCCAUUGUUAGAGGGCUCGUGCAGCGAGGGAAGAUGGAAGAGGCAAUGCUGUGUCUUGAUUGCAUGCUUCGCGUGCAACUCAUUCCAACAGUUGCUACUUUCACAACUCUAAUGCACAGAUUCUGCAAAGAAUCUAACCUUCCAGAGGCUUUAAAAUUACGGGAUAUAAUGGAACAUAAUGGUGUGAAGCUUGAUGUUGUUGCUUACAAUGUCCUUAUUACUGGCCUCUGUGCUAAUGGUGAUGUGGCACAUGCAUUUGAACUAUAUGAGGAGAUGAAGCAAAGGGGUCUCUGCCCCAAUACCACUACUUAUGCUGUUCUUAUUGAUGCUGUUUGUACAGAAAGCAACCUUGUGAUGGGCAAAAUGCUUCUAGUGGACUUAGAGGAGAGGGAAUUGAUAACUGAAAAUGGAAGUACUCAAGAUUUGUGUGAGCGGUUGAAGAUGGCUAUGAAAAAGAUAAAUUUCUUGAGGUACAAAAGAAAGAAAUAUUGCAAAAAGUGGUAAGAGCUUUGCCAAAUUAUACGACUCAUAGUCUGGAAGCUUACUGGCAGAAAAGGCUGAUAUGGGUGUUUGAUUAUUUCAACCAGUUGCGUUACUCGAGUCUAGGUCAGAAGCACUUGAGGAGCUGGUUUGUGCAGCUUUUGCAUGAAUAUGAUAGGCAUUUUAUUGAAGCUGAAUGUGAAAGUGUUAGGAGACCAAGUACAACUUAAUUUAUGCUGUCAACAUGGGUUUUCCAUCCCACUAGCAUGAGUGGUGAUAUGCACCACAUUGCCCGAAGCUCAGCGACUAGUUGGAUACGCUCUUUAAAAGUAUGGUAAUAAUACCAAAUUGCCUUACUCUGAGAAUUUUUAUUCGAGAUGUGGUGGAGAUGAGCUUCACAAUGGGCAUGUUGUACAAUGGAUGAAGACGAAAGCUGCAUCUCUUCCCAAAAAAUUAGAUCUAAGGAAAAAAUUUAUUUGGCGUGUGACGGUGAACCAUAUCGGCAAUGAUCAGGACAUUUGUUUUUAGUGUGCAUUCGACAUGAACAUGCAGAUGCAUUUGUUUGGAGUCUCAUCUCGAGCUUGUUGAUGCUUUUGCCGUGGUUAAAAACCGCUCAGAGUUCUACUGGGAAUUUCUGUUGUCUAUGAAAUGUUGUACUAAUAUUUUGUUGAUUCCUUCAAUUUAUCUAAAACAAUAUCAAUAUUUUGCGAUGAAUGUAUAGAUACAUCAGUAUUGGGAAAUGUGUAUGGCCACCUCAAUUAUAAAAAUGCAUCACUUUCAUCUUUACA